AAUUUAGGUCGUCUUGCGUUAUUUAAGUCAAGAGAACAUUGCUUACACUAGACUAUAUGGCUCCACUUUUUGUAGCCUUCGUUACGCGGUACUGUCAGUCUGUGUUAGAGUUGAAUUGGGAUUAGCUACCUUCUAAUUGACCCGCUAAUACUUCGGCUAACGUAAAUGUUAGCUAGCUAGUUUGUUGAACUGGUUUAGUUUACCCAAGUAUGCAUCUAACGUAAUCUUGAUUAUACCCACCAAACUGGACUACUAUUGCUGAUUUAUCAUGAUCGUUAGUUUACAUGCACCUAUGGAUAGGCUAGGUAGAUAUUUUGCUUUGGCAAAUUAGAACGAACCUCCACACACUGGAAAACUGUAGACUAUUGUAAAAUUAUGUGAAACAUAUUGCUACGACUAUGCAAACUGCUCUUGAUCACGAUUUCACACUGGUUCUGAAAUGACAAGUGUUGCCCAACGUGCAUAAUUAUGGGGAUUGUCAACAGUCGAUUUAAUUGGAAGUGGAAGUGCCUGCGCUAGCUAACAUAUUUUAUAACUUCCCGCAAAAACGUGCGCUUGCUGGUUAGCAAGAUGACAGUAGUAUAGAUUGGCAGCUGUAUAAAUGUUGGAAUUCAAUUCUAGCCAGCAACUAUUCAGCACCGCGUUGCCGUCGGGCUUCCAAGACUUAUUGCGGGGAAUGUGCACGUUGCCCAUAGCAUUCGCCCCUCCUGUCAUGUCCCAGUGCUUUUCCUGUUAAGCAGGUAACACCUGGAGAAUUAAAUUUGUCCGAGACUGAUUUUCGGGGAUGCCAUGGACGGCGAGGUGUCCAAGCCGUGCGCCCGGACGGAGGAUGAUCCGGUAGCUCUUGAUAACCACGCUGAGACGACCGUGCAGCGGGUGGAGGUGGUGGCGAGGCGGCCGGAGAGCCCUGACGUGACCGAGGAGACGGUCUUCAUCGGCAGGAAUGCGCGGGACGCGGGGACCAACACGGAGCCCACCAAAUGCUGCGGCAGACUGCGCGAGUCCUGCCCCUGCCCCUGCCCCUGCCGCUGCCCCUGCCCCUGCUCCUGCCCCUGCCCUGGCUCCUGCCCCCCCAGAGGCCUCCUGGCCUCCCUCAUCACCAAAGUGGCCAUGGCCGCUGUGCUGUUCGGAGUGGUGUGGUCCAUAACGGAGAAGGAGUGUCUUCCAGGGGGGAACCUGUUCGGAAUCACAGUGGUCUUCAUUUGUGCAGUGGCUGGAGGCAAAAUCGUGGGGCACAUUCGAUUACCCAGGCUGCCACCCUUCCCUCCACUUCUGGGAAUGCUACUGGCCGGCUUCACCCUGCGCAACAUCCCGGUGGUAACGGACGCCGUCUACAUAGAUUUCCGCUGGUCGGCCUCCCUGAGGAACAUCGCCCUGGCGAUCAUCCUGGCCAGGGCGGGGCUGGGGCUGGACGGCUCGGCUCUGAAGAAGCUAAAGAUGGUGUGUCUGCGGGUGGCGGUGGGGCCCUGCACAAUUGAAGCCUGCACGGUGGCUGUCGCUUCGCACUUCCUGAUGGGUCUGCCGUGGAUCUGGGGCUUCAUUCUGGGGUUCGUGCUGGGCGCCGUGUCCCCCGCCGUGGUGGUCCCGUCCAUGCUGCUCCUGCAGAAGGAGGGGUACGGCGUGGAGCAGGGCGUCCCCACGCUGCUCAUGGCUGCCGGAAGCUUCGACGACGUCCUGGCCAUCACUGGCUUCACCACCUGCGUGGGCGUAGCCUUCGCCACAGGUUCCACUGGGUACAAUCUGCUCAGAGGGGUCCUCGAGGUUGUGGGGGGUAUAGUUGCCGGGUUGAUGCUUGGUUUCUUCAUCCGAUUUUUUCCCAGUAAAGACCAGAAAAGCCUGGUGAUAAAGCGCUCCUUCCUGCUCCUGGGCCUGUGCGUCUUCGCUGUGUUCGGCAGUAACCUGGCGGGCUUCCCCGGCUCGGGUGGCCUGUGCACGCUGGUGCUGGCCUUCCUGGCGGGACUCGGCUGGGGGGACUCCAAGGCGGCCGUGGAGGAGGUCGUGGGCGGGGCCUGGGAGAUCUUUCAGCCUCUGCUCUUCGGGCUGAUUGGAGCAGAAAUAACCGUCUCCACCCUGGAUCCCGUCACCGUGGGACUGGGCGUGGCCGCUCUCCUCAUCGCACUGACCGUGCGGGUCCUCUUCACCUUCCUCAUGGUCAUGUGUGCCGGCUUCAACUUCAAAGAGAGGGUCUUCAUCGCCCUGGCCUGGGUGCCCAAGGCCACCGUACAGGCGGCCAUCGGCUCCACAGCGCUGGACCUGGCCCGCAGCAAGCAGGCUCCGGAGCUGGAGAAGUACAGCAUGGACGUGCUGACCGUGGCCGUCCUGGCCAUCCUCAUCACCGCCCCCGUCGGCGCCCUGGUCAUCGGCCUGACCGGCCCCAUCCUGCUGCAGAAGCCCCGGGACCCCGCCAACUGGAGCGCGCACCCCGAGGUAAAAACAGGAACAGAAGCAGACGUGCCGCAGAAGCUGCCGGAAACGCCCAUGACUUACGAGAGCUCUAUGUGACGCCCCACCAACAUGCUCGGGGUGGGUUAGCACGUGGCUGCAGCGCCAGAAAGACCUGCAGCCCAGAAGAGGAAGUGACACGCGCUGACCACCGGGAAGGAAGCGGGACCCCCUGCUUCCCCAUCCCCCUCUCCUCUGUAAGACCCCGCGAGCACCAGUUACUCCGCGUGUAUUUAUAGCCACCUGUUACAACAGUCGGGGGUUUCCAGUUCCCAAGGUGAAACCAACACUAGGGACAACCUUCAGUUAAGCAUCUACAGUGCCUGACUGACGUCAGGUUCGACUGUUGGUGCUAAUAACCCACCUCUAAAGAGAUUGAGUCAGUUACAACCUUUAUGGUGUGAUGGCAUUCAGGCAUUCACAGAUCAAGUGAGUAUUCUUAUGUGCAAGACUUGCUUCUCAGGUGCCAGUGACACAAGCUUAUACAUCCUCAUGCAGUAAGAGAGAGAUGCUGGCCAUCUAGUGGGUCGAAACGCAGUUAAAGACUACUGAGAGUAGGUGUGUUUAUGUUAGGAGGAGUACUGUGUGUUAUAUUACUUACUACGUUAUUUUUAUGAUCAUGUAGGUUUAUAUUUUGAUAAAUUAAGAAUUUGCAGAAAAGACGUAUUUUAUAUUAAAUUAAUCAUAGGGAUCUAGCAGUUUUGAAAGUAUGUUGUGUUAGACAAUGUCAAACGUAAAUGCAACGGCAGUAAUAUGCUUCUCAAACAAAGUCUUGGGCGGCACUUUUGCAGCUUGAAGACUAGAGGCCAGAGUUCAAGCGGACCAUAUUUAUACUGUCAAAUCAGGAGCCAAAGAAGUCUUGACCCUGGCCUGAUUUAGUCCCAGGCGAACGCAUAAAGAAUCCAUACAGUCUACCUUCCAUUUUCAUCUCCAGUCAUGGUUAAUCAAGAUGCUUUCUUGCAAAGACAAAAUAGCUUUUUUAAUGUAAAAAAAUUACUUGAGCUUUUGUUAAAGCAAGGGAGAAACACUAAUUCAGUUUUUAUAUAAUUUCAUUACAUGCAGAUUUCUGUGUAUGCUGUAUUUCCAGAGAUGUUUUCUCCAUAUCUUUUAUUACGGUUUUAAGCGUUUCCUCAUUGGCCAGCUGAUGGAAGGUCAACUAGUUUUUCAGAACAUCAGAUGUAUUAUUUAUUACAAUGUGUUCCAUAACGUGUGUGUGUUUUUUUUUGUUUGUUAAUUUUUUACUUUAAAAAAGUAAUUAAAUGCAUUGUGACCAAAUAA